AUGAAGGGUGGUACUUGGUGGUACAUGUCACAUCCACAUGAUGCCAGGAGACAAGGUUUUUUAGAAGAACAUUGCCCAGAGCAUCGUAUUGCCCUCACCAGCUUGUCUUCUUCCCAUAGUGCUAUCUGUUUCCCAGGCGAUCCCCCGUGUAAGAGUGAGGUGGAGGAGGACAUUCCAGGAGAUGUCACCACAGAGAAUUCAAGUAAAAUUAUUAAGGGCAAAGCUAUAUUAUCACUAAAUUACAAAGAAGAAGAUGAAUAUGUCCUGCAGCGCUCUUCAGGAGAAAACCUCAUUACCCUUAAUUUACACCCAGGACUUCACAGUACAGAUCUAUUAUAUAAUCCCCCUCAUCAUGAGGAACCUUCCCCUGACCAAUUACAGAUUGUUACCAAAAAUACAGGUCAGAAAGGGGAUAAAAGGUUUCAGGGUAGUAAAGAGUUUACAGAACAAUCAAGAGUUUCUACACACAGAAGAAUUCACACAACACAGCAGGAUAAUGGAAAAUGCAUUGCAAGUAAAUCAGAUUGUGUUAAACAUGAGCUAAUUCACACAGGAGAGAGUCCAUAUUCAUGUUCAGAAUGUGGGAAAUGUUUUACUAAAAAAUCAUAUCUUGUUAAACAUAAGAGAAUUCACACAGGAGUAAAGCCAUAUUCAUGUUCAGAAUGUGGGAAAUGUUUUACAGAUAAAUCAAGUCUUGUUAUACAUUGGAGAAUUCACACAGGAGAGAAGCCAUAUUCAUGUUCAGAAUGUGGAAAAUGUUUUAGAGUUAAACCCCAUCUUAUUAGACAUGAGAAAAGUCACACUGGAGAGAAACCAUAUUCAUGUUCAGAAUGUGGGAACUGUUUUACUCAUAAAUCAACACUUGUUAUACAUAUGAGAAUUCACACAGGAGAGAAGCCAUAUUCAUGUUCAGAUUGUGGGAAAUGUUUUACAGAUAAAUCAAAUCUUGUUAUACAUGAGAGAAGUCACACAGGAGAGAAGCCAUAUUCAUGUUCAGAAUGUGGAAAAUGUUUUAGAGUUAAACCCUAUCUUAUUAGACAUGAAAAAAGUCACACUGGAGAGAAACCAUAUUCAUGUUCAGAAUGUACGAAAUGUUAUAGAAGGAAAGCAGAUCUUGUUAUGCAUGAAUGUCGUCACACGGGUGCAAAGCCAUAUUCAUGUUCAGAAUGUGGGAACUGUUUUACUCAUAAAUCAACACUUGUUAUACAUAUGAGAAUUCACACAAGAGAGAAGCCAUAUUCAUGUUCAGAUUGUGGGAAAUGUUUUACAGAUAAAUCAAGUCUUGUUAUACAUGGGAGAAUUCACACAGGAGAGAAGCCAUAUUCAUGUUCAGAAUGUGGAAAAUGUUUUAGAGUUAAACCCUAUCUUAUUAGACAUGAGAAAAGUCACACUGGAGAGAAACCAUAUUCAUGUUCAGAAUGUGGAAAAUGUUUUAAAGUUAAACCCUAUCUUAUUAGACAUGAGAAAAGUCACACUGUAGAGAAACCAUAUUCAUGUUCAGUAUGUGGGAAAUGUUUUACACAAAAAUCAUAUCUUGUGAAACAUGAAAUAAUUCACGCAGGAGAGAAGCCAUAUUCAUGUUCAGAAUGUGGAAAAUGUUUUAGAGUUAAACCCCAUCUUAUUAGACAUGAGAAAAGUCACACUGGAGAGAAACCAUAUUCAUGUUCAGAAUGUGGGAAAUGUUUUACACAAAAAUCAUAUCUUGCGAAACAUGAAAUAAUUCACGCAGAAGAGAAACCAUAUUCAUGUUCAGAAUGUACGAAAUGUUAUAGAAGGAAAGCAGAUCUUGUUAUACAUGAAAGAAGUCACACGGGUGCAAAGCCAUAUUCAUGUUCAGAAUGUGAGAAAUGUUUCACAGAUCAAUCCAGUCUUGCUAAACAUAGGAGAACUCACACAAGAGAGAAGCAGGAUCCAUGUUUAGAAUUUAAGAAAUGUUUUACUACUAAAACCAGACUUAAUAUUCAUCAGAGAAGUCACACAGGAGAUAAGCCAUUUUGAUGUUUUAUAUGUUGAAAACGCUUUCUAAGAAGGAACUAAAAUUCAACAGAUCAGGAAAAACUACCGUAUUUUUCAGCCCAUAAGACGCACAAAAGUGAAUGGCAGUGCGACUUAUGGGGCGAAUGCUGCCAUUUGCAGGCAGGCUGGCCAGUUACUCACUUCCUCACGGCACAUGCCCUGCCCACUUUAUUAAUGAAGCAGGCGGAGCAUGCGCCGCCAGGAAGUGUGUGACCGCAAGCCUGCCUGCAAGUACGGGUGUUCAAUAGUGAGUACUAAGGUACGCGGAUUGCGCUAUCUUGUAGUUUAAAUAUGGAUUGCCUACAGUUAACAUAUCAAUUGCCUACAGUUUACAUCUGAAUACUGGUAUGUACGGGGCCUGGUGUAUUAGAGUACAGUGACUGCAACGAGCCCCGCACCGAUUUUAACACCAGUUGCCGGCCCCCCUUGUUUUAGGGUCACUAUUUACUGUACACAGGGACACUGUUAUGGGGGAUAUCUGUGGAUGACACAUAUAUAGCAUCUUUAUGUGUCAUCCACAGAUGCCCCCAUAACAGUGCCAUCCACAGAUCCCCCCCA